AAGUUCAGUACUAUUAUGUUUUGUUCAACUUUUUAGAUUUUUAUAUGAUUUGAAGGUAAGGUACUUUAUGACUAAAAUUGAAUCAUGCAAUUAACUAUUCAUUGGCAGGAACAAAUUUUUAAAGAAUUAUAGUCUAUGGUGUAUAUGUUAUUUAUACUACAUUGCUCAACAAAUGGUUAUGAUCAUUUAUUACAAAAUCAGCUAUAUGGUUGAAAGUGAAACUUAAUGUAUAUCCACCACCAUUAAUUAUUUACCUCAACUCUUCCAUACUAUAAAUUAGUAUGCCAACCAAUACUUAUUCCACCUCAUUAGAUUUCACACAAGUUAGCAAAUAUGCAUCGUACUUUCCCAGUUCAACCUAGAUUUCCUAAAGAGUGCUUCAAAUCUAUUGUGCAACCAAAUCAGGUAAUUUUCUAAAUAUUGGUAUUCUUCAAACAAGACAUAUUUCUUCAAAUCUCUUACAUACAUACUUUUCUGUAACAUUACCAUCAAGUUUUCUAUUUUCAUAAAACAAAACUAACUUUCUUUCUUUUCAUUUUUUAAGACAUUUGGAGAACUGCCUACUGAAUUUGUCCAUAAGUUUUACCAUGAUCUUCCAAAUGAGUGUCAACUAAAUGAUAUGAAUGAAAUGCAACACUACUUGACUUUGAAUAAAGAUCAUGUUGUUCCACAUUUCAGUAUUGGUUGGUCUGAUCUAUUGAACCAUUAUAAUAUUGUACAAGUCAAAGAAAUUUGGUUUCUUUACUGUGGAGGUGGAAGCUUCCUUAUCUCCAUUGGAAAUGUACUAAACUCAACUGAUGAGUAUCCUGCAUUCAUUAGAAGUUCUACAAAACCUAACGAAACUACUUACUUUGAUGUCGUUUUAUCUGAAUACACUGCAAUUAGCUCACAAUUGACUUUACAUAAGGACUUUGGAGAUUAUCUAAGAGCUACUGAUCUUAAAUUUGUUAUGCUAUGUAAUGAAACUAUCAAGUGUGUUCAAUCAUCUGUGCUAUGCAGGGGUCCACGAAAACCAUCGGUGAAAUUGGGUCAUGGGUGGAAAGAAUUCUGCAGAAUUUCAGGCUACAAAAAUGGUGAUACCAUCAGAUUCAAAUUCGAUGGAACAUUAUCAUCCAACUUGAUUCAUGUUAGACAAAUUGAUCCCUACUAAUUCAUAAUAGUAUUAAUUAGUCAUUUGUGUCUU